GUGUGUUGCAAGGAUUACAGGCUAUGAGCGAAGAUUCCAGUAGGCUACGGGAGUGUUAUCUGAUUAUUAGGCCUACUAUCAGAAGAGCUUUUGCAUGAUUGUCAGUGAGACGGGGAGCAUUAGAAUAUACCUUGAACUCAGCUAUGAAGAUGGAUCUAAAUGCCAUAAUAGAAAAAAUGGAAACCGGCGAUCAGGAUGCUGCACUCAUAGCACUGCAGACUUAUAAUAAGGAGAAGAGCCAGUGCUUCACAUUUGAAAGAAAUGACCAAGAGGAGAGACAGCACCUGGGGGAGCUGGUGCUGGGCUAUCUGGAGCGUGAGCUGCAGCCGUCCUGUCAGCUGGCCUGCCUGGAGACCAUACGCAUCCUGUCACGUGACAAGACCUGCCUGGCCCCCUUCAGCAGCCGCGCCGCCAUGGAGACACUGGCGCAGCACGCUGCCCUCUUGCCACGCGAAGGCCAGGCCGCGCCCGAGAGCCCCGACCUGGAGCGCAUCGUGGAGGCGCUCAAGUGCCUGUGCAACAUGGUGCUGAACUGCGAGGCGGCGCAGGUGCUGGGGGCGGAGCUACAGCUGGUCGUCGGGGUGACGGAGAGGCUGAAGCAGUGCCGCGAGCCGCAGUGGACCCACGAGGUGCGCUUCUUCGACCUGCGGCUCAUUUUCAUGCUGACCGCCAUUCGGAUGGACGUGCGCAUGCAGCUGCAGCAGGAGCUGCGCGGGGUCAGCCUGCUGGCCGAGGCCCUGGACGCCACGCUGGGCGUGUGCUGGCCCGACACGUACGAGGUGGCCCGCGCUGGGGUCGCCGACGGGGAGGAGCUGCCCCCGUUCAGUCGCGAGGUGACCGACUGUGCCAUGGAGAUCCUGAAGAUCCUCUUCAACAUCACCUACGACACCAACCAACGGCAGGUGGACGAGGAGGAGGCUGCCAUGUACCGACACCUGGGGGCCAUCUUGAGACACUGUCUCAUGAGUGUAUCAGACAGUGACGACCGCACAGAGGAGUUCCACAGCCACACCUGUAAUCUUCUAGGAAACCUGCCACUGCCCUGCCUGGAUGUGCUCAUCUUGCCCAAAGUGCUGCCUACCUCUAUUGAUUACAUGGGGGUCAACAUGGACGCCGUCCACAUGCUCCUGGAGCUGAUGGAGAAGAGGCUGGACAGGGGAAAGAAGCUAAAGGAGAGCCUGCUUCCCUCCUUGAACCUUCUGACAGAAAGCUCCCGCAUCCACAGAGGGACCAGGAAGUUCCUGAGGAUGAUAGUGCUCCCCCCACUGAGGGAUGUGAAGACUCGGCCAGAGGUUGGGAACAAACUGCGGAACAAGCUGGUGCGCCUGAUGACGCACAUAGACACGGACGUCAAGCACUGCGCUGCCGAGUUCCUUUUCGUGCUGUGUAAAGAAAGUGUGUCACGCUUCAUCAAGUAUACAGGUUAUGGCAAUGCGGCAGGGCUCCUAGCAGCACGAGGGCUGAUGCGUGGGGGGCAGAACCCUGGACAUUACUCUGAGGACGAGGACAGUGAAACGGAGGAGUACAAAGAAGCCAAAUCCCAAAUUAACCCGGUUACAGGCCGGGUGGAGGCGGAGCAGCCUAAUCCCAUGGAGGGGAUGACUGAGGAGCAGAAGGAGCUAGAGGCUAUGAAGCUGGUCAACAUGUUUGACAAACUCUCCAGGAAAAGUUUGAUUCAGCCUAUGAAGCUUGGUCCAGAUGGGACAAUGAGCAAAAUGGACCCAGAGGACUUUAAAAAGCUGUCUCAACAAGGACAGAUUACCCAGCAUGACAGUGACUCUGAAGUUGAGUAAAGCCACACUGAAAUACAGUGAUGUUCACUCUAGUGCAGGGUACACAGGAAUCAGACUCGUCAUCCACGCCCAUAACACCAAUGUAAUUACACAAGACACCUAAUCAUACCCACCCUCACCCCCAGGACUGAGACAAAAUGCCUGCCAAUGAAUGAGUGGCAGUCUUCCCUUUUGCCAGGAUGUGUGUGCACGUGUGUGGUCAGUGGGGUGUAAAAGGGAAAAAAACUGCACAACCAGUCAAAUACAAAUACAAAGCGAUCAGAUGGUAUGUAGUGCAGAUUGAAAGGGGAAAACGGACAUGGUGCAGACAUGGUGAUUCUAGACCCUAUUUGCUCUAGAACCUAAUUUGCUAUUUUAGCAUGUUGACACAGGUCAUAUUUUCACUUUUGUCAAUAUUUUUGUGCAUCUUGGUCUUUAUUCAUCAAGCUUUCCUAGACAUAAUUAUGCAGUAAUAGAAGGUGUCUGAAGGUGUUUGGAAAUAAGGUGUUCUGGACUCUGGAGGAUGUGGUAACAUUAGAGCAGUACAUCAAAUUGCUAUUGCCAUGCUCUAUCCAAACCUCAUUCCACAACCUGCUGAAACGGAAUGCAAAAGCACUUUUAAGAGCAAGGAAAAUAACAGUGUGUGAGAUGAGAGCAUGUUAUGAGAGCAUGAGAAAAUGUAUUGUUCAUAUAGUUGUUAUGUUACAGGUAAAUAUAUAGUUUAUAACCAUAUUUAAGUUAAACAUAAAAAAUUGAAUAUUCAUUCAUCUUUAUUUCAAAUUUCAUACAGGGCAGUGGUUUAUGUUUCAGCUCUUCAGUUGACAAUUGGAUUGUACUUAAAUGUACCGUUAUGUAAGAAGUUUAGUUUGAAACAUUCAAAAUGUAGUUAGAAAUAGCUUAAGAAUUUGAAGAAAUAACUGUUCAGACAUAAUGUCAGAAACAUGUAUGCUCUGUGUUGCCCAGAUAUCCACUAAUGUUGGCAAUAGCAUGCUAACUACCCUGCCCCAUCCUCUCUCAUAACACCACUUUGUACCUCAAGAGCUGCUAAUGAGUCACUGUAGCGGGAAAAAAUACACACGGCAAAGCCAGAGUGCCCUCAUGGGCAGUAUGGUGUGUUCAAGAUAACUUGGAUCAUAUACCCUACCCGUUUAUACAGAGCACCUUUAACAAAAACUGAUUUGCAUACAUGGCAGAAUUUGCUCAUGUUUGCUGAUUGAAGGCACGUGUCGUGUGUGUACACAGGAAACGCAUAACGAGGUAGCACGAGAUCAUUUAACAUAUUGUUAUGCUGACAAUCAGACUAAGCCUAUUGGCUUUAUGUGGUAAGGGUUAAAUCUGUUAUCUGUCUUUUGUAAGCAGAUGUUUACAGAUGGCAUCUUACAAGAAGCUGUUGAGAUGUUCCAGAAAUGUUUUAUGAUUUUCUUGGACAGAGAUACUUUGUAAUUGAGUAGGGUACAUAUUCCAUGUCAAUAAAUAUGGAAUGGUAUAAAACAUUUAUGAAAAAUCUAUGACAAUAUUUUCUAAUAACUAGCAAACCAUUCAUUUGUAGAUGGCUUAUGUGCUCUUGCAGCCAAAAUGUCUGAAAUGCUUCAACAAGCUAGUACCUACUGUACAUGUUGUUUUAUUGUAAAUCUGACAAAGCUAACCGAGUAAAUAUGAUACCACCCACAGUUUCACAGUUCAGAAACUAUGUCUACUGAUGUAGAUGAGCUGGUCGAGUACUCAUGGCGUUGCUUCCAGCAUCAGGUUAGGUAUACCCUUGUUAUUUUGCCAGGAUAUGACAAAAUAGUCACACCAUUCUUUGUGUGGUUAUGUGUCUUGUGUCAGGCUAUUUCAGAUUUUGUUUGCACACUCUCUGUCAAUUCAUUUUUAUUUCAUUGUAGGUGGCUAACUGUGGACAGAAUUGUACAUUGUAAAUGCUGGUCAGAUAUAUUGAUAUAAAGAAUACAUUAAAUUCAU